AUGCUCGUUGCGGUUUCUCUCCUUGCUAUAUCGUUCUCCUUCCUGGUUUACAAUCGCCCACCGUCAACAUGGCUUGCCUAUAUUGCGCGCGCCUGGCGGUCUGCAGCCUCUACGACGAUUCCCGACCGGUCGCAAAUGGACGCCGGCAAACGAGACGCCCCAGCUGAACCACCACAAGUAGAGCUGCAGGCUCGCACAAAGCAAGAGACUGAAAACAAUGCUCCGUCCUUCCCGUCGCCACAAACAACGCCCAAGGCUUCCCCACGAGAUGCACAGAAUGCGCCCGCAGUCCCAACCUUCACGCUCAAUGAGCACGAGAACUCAGACGACGAAGAGGAUGAAGAAGAGGACAACCUCCCACCGCCCUCGUUUCCAGCACUAAACUCGGCGCAACGAGCUUCAGCACCAACGCCCUCGUUCGCUAUGCCACCGCCCACCAAGCCAACCCUCAUGGCCCCGCCCCCGAAACCCUCAGCCUCAACCUCCCUCAUGCCACCACCACGAGUCGCGCCCUCAAGUCUACGCGCCCUUCCCACCUCCUCACAAUCAAUGCGCGUACCUACCACUGGCCCUCUGCCAAACCGCGGGCCGUUACCGAACCGGGGCCCUCCCGUUUCAAACGGUAGUCUGGGACUUCCACCCUCGGCAGGCCUCGCUGUCAAGACACCAAACGCACGCGGCAAAGUACUAUUAUCACCAGGGCACUCUCCACUCGACUGGGCAAAUCUCCUGCGCUCCGGCAAGAACCUAUCCGGUGUGGACUCGCUGGUUCGCGUCACGCCUUCGAUGCUGAAAGAGAAGAACGGGCGCAAGGGCAAGCCAGCGUGGUCGAGUUACCAAGGGAAAGUGUACAACAUGACGCCCUAUCUGCCAUUUCACCCCGGUGGAGAGGGCGAGCUGAGGAGAGCUGCGGGAAAGGACGGGACCAAGCUGUUCAUGGAGGUGCAUCCGUGGGUCAACUGGGAGAAUAUGCUGGGCGACUGCAUGGUGGGCAUUUUGGUCAGUGAGGAGCAAGCCGUGCCAAAGAUUGUGGGAGCGACUUUAGAUGAUAUGGAUUAG